AAAAAAUUCCGCUUUCAAAGGCGGGAUCGAAAUCAUUAUCAUGGUUCGAUUUAAAAAAAAAAUAUUUUCUUAAUGUACCUAAAUGUAGGAAUCGUUAAGCGUAGCUGUUUCUUCUCUUAAAUUAUUUUUUUCACAAAAUGGCGCACUAAAAUUUGUGGGAAAAUUAAGAUUUUUACUUUAACAUGUGCCAAAAAAAAACGAUUACGCUUAACGAUUACUACGUUUAUGUGGAGUUUACAUAAUUAUUCACAGUUUAUUUAUGUGCUUAUCUGCUUAUCUCCAUCAAAAUCAGUGUCUGCUACGAUACUCCUCUAUUCUGUAAAAUGAAACAAAAAAUCUAUUUGAAGGAGAAAAGCGGAGAAAACGAAACGAUUUGAAGUGACGAGUAAUGCGUGUUCAUCUUCUGUAUGCUGUAAUAUCGCGAUGAAAGAGGUUCGAUACAUAUAUCACGACUACACGUUAAUUUUAAAGUGGAAUGGAUGUCGAUGCAAUCGAUAGAUCUGAAUGUUUGGCGAACAAAAAGGUUUUGGAUAAUAUCGAAGAGGAUUCGAAACAUGGCUCUCUUAGCGUAGCGCCGUCAAACUUGAAAUUUACUUUUUAUUCUGGAAACCUUGAAGUUCAGGAAAAGACGAUAGAGAUCACGAAUUAUUUUUCGAAACCAUGUCCGAUUCAACUGUUACCGUUAAAAACUCAUUACUUCCAGAUUCGAACUGCCUCUCAGAGAAGGUGGCUCAGUCCCGGAUCGAGUUUUAAAAUACAUAUUUUUUUCACUCCCGAUGAAGAGAGAAACUACAACGAUAUCUUAAAGAUCCAUUACUUCAACAAUCAACAGUUACAGAUUAAAAUUACCGCAGAAAUAACUACUCGUUUUUCUUUUCCUACAAACGUAAACUUUGGAGCCGUUCCACUUGGUCGAGCGGCUUGCUACGAAAUACCAAUAUAUUCCCAUGCAAAGAAAAAAAUCUCUUUCGCUAUUAUGCCAUCUAAAGAAGACUCGUGUGUCGACAUCUAUCCUCGGUGGGGACAUAUUAUACCAGGUCAAGAACCCCUAAUAAUCAUGGUAAUUUAUAGACCGUUUCGGUAUAUAAGUUUCAACUUCCAAAUUCGAAUAUUCAUAACAGAUUUAUGUAAAGUUCCCCACAUUAUAAAUUUCUACGCAUAUACUCGUCCAGGAAUUUUACGGGAAACAUUGGAGAAUAUUGAAUCGAAAACUAAAAACAAAGUGAAACCUGCGAAAACAGACGCAAUAUCUCGAAAGAAGGUGACACCAAUUUCCGUGAAUCAAAAUACGCCAAAAGCUUGCGCGGAGAAAUCUACCGUGAAAAUGUCGAGCUGCGAGGAAAGUUUAUUAAAAAAGUGCAGUUAUUUUCCCUUGUAUGCAUUACAUGCCGUCAAUUGCAUAAUGAAUUCAAAAACUCUAAAGUCACAUGGGGAACACGAGUUAAAAGGCCCUCUAAACGUGUACAUGUCCCAAAUGAUAGAGACGAAGGUUUUAAAACUAAAGGAAUUUUUAAUAAAGACGGAAAAUUAUCAUCGUGAGAACGAAUUAGCGAAAUUUCAUCAUAAACCGAAAGUAAAUUAUGGAACGCGUGGUAUCAACGAUAAUCGAAUAAUUGAAAUACAAGUGCAGCGGGAACAAGGAUGGAACGACUAUAAAGACUCGAUGAAUUUGAGCUGCGAAGAAGAUGUAUUUGAACGAAAAGAAAUUGAAAAGAUAAAGCAGAGAAUUUUGAGAACUUCUCAGAAAUAUCCGAAGGCAGUGUCAACGUCGUCUGAAAAGGGUCAAUCGUGUCUACAUUAUAGCAACAAUGUGCUGUUUCUUCAAUCAGCCCGUAAAAUCAUAUUAAAAAAUCGAUUGUUGAAAGUACUUGGAAAAUUGAGACAAUUGACACCCGAAUUAGUCGUUGAAUUAGAAAAACCAUUUACAAAAUAUUAAUAAUAUAAGGAGAACUUUGAUAAGAUAAUAUACAGGGUGUCCCAAAACUCGCAUAGGAGCCGGAAAUGGGGUGUAGCUGAGACGAUU